AUGGAUGCCUCUCUGCGCAACACAGAAGCGCUGAAAAGCAGAAUCGAUUAUCUUCAAAACAAUCUUGCAAGACGAUUCGAAAACCUCAUCAGCCUUGCAACCAUUCAACGCGGAGACCGAGCGGACUCUGCCGUCACACAGUAUUCCAUGAAGACCGAGACGGCAGGCUUGAUCCGUGCCGCCGAAGAGAUUCAAACGCUCAUCCGCCAGAUGCAGGAGAUGUGGCUCUUCGGUCGCUUGAGCACGCUUGAGGACUCCAAGGCCAAGGCAGAAGUCGAUGAAACUGCGAAAGAGGUAGCGGAGCUGGUCCGCAAAUUGACAGAGGCAAGCGAGACGCCAGACAAUGUCGAGUCUGACGCAAAGGACGUGGAGAUGGAGAUUUGA